GGUGGAGGUGGAGAGGCGGGCACGCCCCCCGGCGGCUCGGGCUGCCGCGGUGCCCGGCUCGGCGCUGCCGGCGGCCGGGACGGUGUAGGGGGGGUGGCCAGGACCGGCGCCGGUCACCGGUACUGCGCACGGCACGGCACGGCACGGCACGGCACGGCACGGGCUCACCAUGAUCGUGUGUCCCCAGAACGUGGAGCACCCCCGAGGAAGCCGGUGCCAGCGGCUGCCCGGGCAGGUAGUGAAGAUGUCCGGCAGCGACCCCGAGCGCCCCCAGUUCCUCUUUGUGAAGGUGCUGGCGAGCCGGGGGUGGCUAGAGGCAGUGACCCAGCAGAUGGGCUACCACCCGCAGUACCUCGACAGCUUCCUCAAGACUCAGCACUACCUGAUGCACAUGGAUGGCCCGCUGCCCUUUGACUGCCGGCACUACAUCGCCAUCAUGGCAGCUGCCCGGCACCAGUGCCGGUACCUGGUGAACCUGCACAUGCUGCAGUUCCUGCGGGCUGGGGGUGAUCCCCAAUGGCUGCGUGGCCUCGACUUCAUCCCCCCCAAACUCCGCAACCUCAAUGAGAUCAACAAGAUCCUGGCACACCGGCCGUGGCUCAUCACCAAGGAGCACAUUGAGAAGCUGCUGAAAAUCAGCGAGUGGAGCUGGUCGCUGGCGGAGCUGGUGCAUGCUGUUGUCCUCCUGGCACACUGCCAUGCGCUUGCCAGCUUUGUCUUUGGCUGUGGCUGCGAGCAGGAUGAGGGGCCAGGAGGCAGAGGCUCGCUGAAGACCUUGUCGCCUGGGAACCAGUGCUUCUGUGAAGCCACUGCCAGUAACGGCUUCAGCCAGGAACUGCUGCGCAUCAAUCGCAAGCGGUCCCUGGACUCCUGCAUGGAGCUGGAUUCCCUUCGGGAACGCAUGCAGCGGAUCCACGUGGAGACUGAGGGCAGGGAGGACACAAGGCUGCUGCAGCAGGACCGAGAGGAAGAUACCGACGGGGAAAUCACCAGUGCCACCAAUCUUGCAUGCUACAUGCAGGACCCUGACUUUGGAUACCAGGACUUUGCCCGGCGCGACGAGGAUCAGACGCAGGUAUUCAGAGUCCAGGAUUACUCCUGGGAAGAUCAUGGCUUCUCACUGGUCAACCGGCUCUACUCUGACAUUGGGCAUCUCCUGGAUGAGAAGUUUCGGAUGGUGGAUGGUCUGCAAAGCAGUGCCAUGGCCAAGCGGCAGGGCUGUGAACCCUCUGUCUUCAAGCGGGGCAUCUGGAACUAUAUCCACUGCAUGUUUGGCAUUAGGUACGACGACUAUGACUACGCAGAAGUGAAUCAGCUCCUGGAGCGAAUGCUCAAAGUUUACAUUAAAACUGUAACCUGCUACCCAGAGAAGACAAACUCAGAAAUGUUUGACAGGUUCUGGAAGCAGUUCAAGCACAGUGAAAAGGUCCACGUGAACCUGCUCAUCCUGGAAGCCCGAAUGCAGGCAGAGCUGCUGUAUGCGUUGCAGGCCAUCACGCAGUACAUGAUCUCCUAGACAGUGGGGAGCUGUGCUGCGGCAGGGCCGGGCAGCAUUCUCUACCUGAACUCACGCGUGACCUGUCAUGCUGGGAUGGAUGGCAAGGGAUUAACUCAAUUUAGUUUACUUGACUGUCUUGUUCCUUCCCCACCCCCCCACCCCGUGGGGCUCACUGAGCGGCCCCGUUACGUGCAAUUACCAAACUGUGAGGCAAGUCCGUGCUGCUGAGAUGUCAGUGUGAUGCUGGAGACUUGAACAUGUCCAAGGAAGACUGCCAAAGACAUGGGGGGGAGAGGGAGGCCAGAGGGGACUGGGGCCAGUUUAGAGGGAUGCUCCCCUUGCCCAGGUGCUAGGGGAGCCUCAGCUGCCACAGGGAGGGCAGAGGGGAGAGCUGGUUUCCUUCCCUGUGCUGCAGUGGCUGCCCUGCUUGCAAGCCACCCUUUGGUGCUUGGCCUUGUUGGGGGGAUGCAUCUUGCUUGGGAACAGUGUGGGCAGCUUGCAGGUGCAUCACAAUGUCCUGAGUUGCAUGGUCAGGCAGGAAGGAGCACUGGCGCCAAGCAAAGGCCCUUCCCCAGCCCAGGAUGGGAGGGGGAUGCACUUGCUGCCCACGUGUCCUGCCCUUCAGGUCUAUGUGCCAAACCCCUCUGGGAUGAACAAGCGAUGACCCCAGUGAACUCCAAACUGUGAAGCUCUUGCUGGCAGGGUGCUCUAGUGCUCUGCCUUCUCUGACAGCAGGGUGAGAAGGUCUCUGACAGUGUUCAGGCUCUGGAGGUUUCUGCAGGGGACUUAAGGCAGUCCUUGGGGAGCAGGAAGAACGAGGGAGGCUUCCUGAGUUAUAGUGGCUUGUGUCUUACCACGAGAGGGCUGAGGCCCUGUCCCCAGUCACUUGCUGCUUAGCAGCAUGGUGGAGGAGCCUGUGGUUGGCACAGGUGAGCUACAAGAUGCUUCUCCUUGAACUUGGGCUGGGGGGAUUUCCCGGGCUGUCUCUAUUUGAACAGAGGCUGCCUGUGCCCCAGCCUUGCCCUCUGCCUGGUGGGUAGGAGCAUGCACCACCGCUCCCCCCGUCCCAGGGCUGCUUCCUGCCUGUGCUGCAGCCCCUGGCUGGGGAGGCACAAGGGAUCCAGUGCAGGCUCCUGAGAGCAGCCAUGAAAAAGGAAUGAGGCCACCUGUAAUAAGUGAGAGCCUGAAGCAAGGGCAGCUGUUAAGUCAGCCCAGUGCACGCUGCUUCAGUCGACCUGUUUACUGCAUAAAUGUACGGGGAGAAAACCUUGUGUAUGGAAGCUACAGAAAAAGCCUAUUUUUGCUAUAAAUAUAUUAUGUUUGACAUGGA